AGAAGGAGUCCAUAUUUCAAAGUUGUUCGUCUUAAAAUUCGUGUGUUGUUUUUUUUUUGUUUCUGUCUUGUUAAAUGCAUUUAUUGUUAUCUGUUAUUUUGCAAAUUUAAUUUAUUAUCUUGUUUUGUUUGUUUUAAUUUAUAAAUUUCUGUAUAAUUAUGUCGGAUAGCGAUUGUGUCCGAGUUGCAAUUCGCAUUCGACCGCUUGUAAAAACUGAAAUUGAGCGCGGUUGCCAAUCAACAAUCGAAAGAAUACCCGGUCAGCCUCAAUUGACCGUAAAUAAAACCGAUGGAUUUACAUUUAAUUAUGUGUUCGAUCCGAAUGACUCGCAGGAUGUUCUUUAUAAGGAAUCUGUUUAUGAAAUGACUGAAAAACUCUUCAAAGGCUACAAUGUUACCAUAUUAGCUUAUGGACAGACUGGAUCUGGAAAAACUUAUACAAUGGGAACGACUUUUGAUGGAAAUCCAAACGAGAACAUGGGCGUGAUACCAAGAGCAAUGUCUGACAUAUUUAAAACCAUGGACGAGAGAAAAAAUCAGUAUGAUUUUAAAGUUACAUGUUCGUUCAUGGAAUUGUAUCAAGAACAAUUAUUCGACUUGUUAUCAACUGCAUCUAGAGAACAAUCUAUUAUUGAUAUGCGUGAAGAUCGUAAUGGCAUAAUAAUGCCAGGAUUGACAGAGCAAAAAGUUACCAGCGCUAAAGAGACAACCGAAUGCUUGAUGAGGGGCUCUUCAGGUCGGGCUGUUGCUUCGACAGCUAUGAACGAACAAUCAAGUCGUUCUCAUGCUAUCUUUACUCUAACAAUACAAUCAAGUAGUAAAAAUGAAGUGAAAAAUGUUAUUUCAUCAAAGUUUCAUCUAGUCGACUUGGCUGGUUCCGAGCGUUCAAAGAAAACUAAGGCAACAGGUGAUCGUUUUAAGGAAGGUGUUAAGAUCAAUCAGGGUCUUUUGGCUCUUGGCAAUGUCAUAUCGGCCUUAGGAACUAACCAAGGCUCAGGCUAUGUUGGUUAUCGAGAUUCGAAGCUUACAAGAUUGCUUCAGGAUUCAUUGGGAGGUAAUUCGGUUACUCUCAUGAUAGCCUGCGUUAGUCCCGCUGACUACAAUGUUGGUGAAACACUAAGCACUCUUCGCUAUGCAGAUCGUGCCAGAAAGAUUAAGAACAAACCAAUUGUUAAUCAAGAUCCACAUGCUGCUGAAAUAAAUCAUUUGAAGGGCAUUAUUCAAAAACUACGUAUGGAAAUUCUAAAUAAAAGUUGUGGUGUCAUGAAUAGUUCCACCGAGAGUGCCACUUUCGAAGGGUUGAAAAAGGACUCAUCUAAGAUACCAUAUAACGAUUUGAUGGAAAAGUAUCGUCAGCUACAGGUUCAAUUCCAAAAUACUCUCCAUGAUGUGGCCGAUAAUGAAAUGCGGGCUCAUAUUGCCGAAGCUGCUUAUGAUAAACUAAAGAUAAAGACUGAGGAAGUAACUCAACAAGUUCUCGAAUUGUCUGAUCAUCUAAACGAAGAAAAUUGUCCGCCAGAGUUUGUAGAGCACGUAAAGAAACUGGGAAGUAUAAGGAAGCUUAUUGAAGAUCUUGGCAUCGAAUUCCAAAAAUCACACGAUGAAAUCGUUGAUAAUAAGAGAAAUCGAUCGAUUGUACCUUUAGAUUCGGACUCUGAGCAGUGUAAUGAACAGAGUGAAAUGAUGCAACAGCAUUCUGAGGCAUUCACUUCCAAACAAAUUGACCUAAAUGAUCAAUUGCGCCGAAUCAAUCGUGAACUUACCUUGAAAGAGGAACUCCAUCAACGCGUGGCUGUUAAUUUGACAAAAUUCUACACUAUCGAUGAGAAUAUCGAAGAAAAGUACAAAGACUGUGAGCAUAAGAUCAAAGCUUUGGAAGCCGAAAAAUCUGAUCUAGUUGAAAAACUAAAACACGUCAAGGAAAACGUAUCAGCCAAACUUGCCGAAGAGCGACGUAAAAGAUUACAAGCUCUCGAACAAGAAAUCUCUGAUAUGAAACGUAAAAAUGUUCAACAAGCCAAGCUGCUGAAGGUGCGUGAAAAGGAAUCAGAAAAAAUCAAAAACCUUCAAAAUGAUAUUCAAGCCAUGAAAGAGAGCAAAGUGAAACUUAUACGAGCUAUGCGGGCAGAGAGCGAGAACUUCCGACAAUUUAAGUUGAGUCGAGAGAAAGAGGUGAUGCAACUCAAGAACAAAGAUCGUAAAAUGCAGAACGAAAUGGCGCGAAAAGAAUCGUUGCACAACAAGCAGAGGAAUGUAUUGAAACGCAAAUGUGAAGAAGCUUUGGCUAUUAACAAGAGAUUGAAAGACGCUUUGGAACGCCAAAAAGCCGCUCAAUCUCAGCGAAAUAAAAACAAAGGAAACUCUGCCACAAGUAAAUUAGACCAAGUAACUUCACGAGUGGAUGAAGAAUUAGACAUUAUUGCUUCCCUGAUCGAUGCUGAAAACUCCCUGGAGCAACUAAUGGAAGAUCGUAGUAUCAUUUCGAGUCGCAUCAAUGCUUAUUCUGAUGCCAAUGACACAAACAGCAAGGAAGAACUCGCUGAAUUAGAAGAAGCCCUUCAACUUCGAAAUGCACAAAUAUCCGAUUUGCAACAGAAAGUUAUGUCAACAGACAUCGACUCAAGAAUCAAAAAUAUUAUGGAGACUAUGCAAAGUCUGCCAGAGGCUAGAGCUGUUCUCAAGCAUCUCUUCACUGCUUUAAUCGAUAUUCGCAGAGAUUUCUCAUCCAAAUUACAAGAACAAAAAACCGCUCGUGAAUUGGCUGAGGAAAAACUUGAACUCAAUGAAAAGAAACUUAAACAAUUUGUUAAAGAAAAAGAAGAGGAGGUGGUUCGAUCAGAAAGUGUUUAUGAAGAAAAAAUUGCUGUUCUCCUACGGGAGCUGCAUAGUGCUUCGCAAAACAACCACGGACAACAGACUCCAGAAAUUGAGGAACGUUUAAAGAUCCAAGAAGAAACUCUAAAUAAAUUCGAUGAACUUCGAGAAGAACUCAAUAUGUAUCGGGAACUUUGCAAUGAACUUGAACACAAAAUCGCAAAUAAACCCAAUAAAACGAAACCAAAAAAUAUACAGAUAAUAGAAGAGUCAAUUGAUUUAGACGACAUAACAUCGUCGGAUGAUAGCUGUUCACAAGAUGAUCCAGAUUGGAAGAAAACACCCCGUUUUAAAAGGCAUCGUUCUAGCAGAGAGAAAUCACUUAAUGAGAGUUCGUUGAAACAAAAUGGUGGUGUAAAACGCUCUUCGGAUGGAGUAAUUAAAUGCCGAUGUAAGACAGGUUGUUCCACAAAACGUUGUCGUUGUAGAAUAAAUGACACACAAUGUUCAUCCAACUGUAAAUGCAGUCCUAUUUGUUCAAAUCAAAAAUCAAAGAACUCCACCGAUGAUGAUUCUCCUGAUGAAAAGGAGAACAAACAAUCCGAGCCAAUUAAUAAUGAUUUAUCUGAGACAAUUACUUUAAGUAAACCGACUGAUAGUACUUUUCAAACCCCCAAGAUUUCUCGCUUAUCUGAACUGACCUUUAAUGUUCCAUCAGCGAAAAAGAAAUUUUUCAAUUAAUAUAAAAUAUUGCAUUUAAAGAAAGUGUGCAAACAAUUAUAAUAAUUUAAAUAAACUUAACUUUAUAAUUAACUUUACUUCUUAAAUACUUUAAAAAAAUACAAUACAUACAUAACGUAAAUUAUAUUUUUUUUGUAUAACAUCAAAACGUUUUCGUGGAUCAAGAAUACAGAAUUAAAACACAAAAACUUUA